AUGACGUCAUCCAUACCAAUGAAGGAAAAGAAGCUCAUGAAGGUGAAACUAGGAGAGCUGCCAGGCUGGAUGCUGAUGCGGGAUUUCACCCCUAAGGGCACUGCUGGAGCAUUUCAAAGUGGUUACUACCAACAUUACAAGUAUAUCAAUGUGAAGAAAGGAGGCGCCGCUGGGAUUUCUAUGAUGCUGGCCGCUUAUGUGCUUUUCAACUACUGUCGUUCUUACAAGGAGCUCAAACAUGAACAGCUACGCAAGUACCACUGA